UCUAUAUAAUCACCAUCACCCCCCACACUAUACUCUCACAUGUCUUCUUGUUCUCUGUUCCUCUCCAUCUCUUCAUCAUAAGAGCUUUGUUUGUUCUAUUUGUUUCAUUUGUUUUGUCUUUCCCUAACUCUCUCUUUGAACCAAAGAGAGAUGGGAGGAGAGCAACAAGUAGAAGCUAAAGUGGCCACUAAUGAAACUCUUUCAAAAGAUGGUUGAGGUUGAAGUUCAAGGAGCUAGUCCUAAACACAAUAAUUAUGCCUUUGCUUGUGCCAUGCUUGCUUCCAUGGCUUCCAUUCUCUUAGGUUAUGACAUUGGAGUAAUGAGUGGAGCAGCACUGUACAUAAAAGACGACCUAAACAUCAACGACACUCAAAUCGAGAUCCUCAUCGGCAUCCUCAACCUCUACUCCCUCGCCGGCUCCAUCGCCGCCGGCUACACUUCCGACUGGAUCGGCCGCCGCUUCACUCUCGUCCUCGCCGCCUUCAUCUUCUUUCUCGGCGCUCUCCUCAUGGGCUUCGCCACCUCCUACCUCUUCCUCAUGAUCGGCCGUUUCGUCGCCGGCAUCGGCGUUGGCUACGCUCUCAUGAUCGCCCCCGUCUACACCGCCGAGGUUUCUCCGGCCUCUUCUCGUGGCUUCCUCACUUCCUUCCCUGAAGUCUUCAUCAACUCCGGCAUCCUUCUUGGCUAUAUCUCCAACUACGCUUUCGCUCGUCUCCCACUCCACCUCGGCUGGCGUUUCAUGCUCGGCGUUGGCGCUAUCCCUUCCAUCUUCCUCGCCGCCGGCGUUCUCGCCAUGCCGGAAUCCCCUCGUUGGCUCGUCAUGCAAGGCCGUCUCGCCGACGCCACUAAAGUCCUCUCCAAAACCUCCACAACCCAACAAGAAGCUCAUCUCCGGCUUCAAGAAAUCAAAGAAGCCGCCGGAAUCCCUCUAGACUGCACCGCCGACGUCGUCGCCGUCCCCAAACGCCCUCGCCGGUCCGCCGCCGACGGUGUCUGGGCUGAACUCUUGAUCCAUCCCACUAAAACCGUACGCCGGAUCAUGAUCUGUGCCGUCGGCAUUCACUUCUUCCAACAAGCUUCCGGUAUCGACUCCGUCGUGCUUUACAGCCCUCGAGUCUUUGAAAAAGCUGGCAUCAAGAAGAAAACAACUCUGCUCGGCGCAACCAUUGCGGUCGGAUUCACUAAAACCAUUUUCAUUCUUGUUGCCACAUUCAUGAUCGACAAAAUGGGCCGGAGACCUUUACUCCUCGCCGGUGUGGCAGGAAUGAUCCUAUCACUCUCCGGCCUCGGUCUCGGCCUCACUGUCAUCGACCACCAUGAAACACACAAUACUCCAUGGAUCGCGUUGUGUAUUACUUGCAUACUAGCUUAUGUCGCCUUCUUUUCGAUUGGACCGGGGCCGAUAACUUGGGUUUAUAGCUCGGAGAUCUUGCCAUUGAGAUUGAGAGCUCAGGGAGCUAGUCUUUGUGUUGCGAUGAAUAGAGUGACUAGUGGAGUUAUAACUAUGACAUUUAUAUCGCUUUAUAAGGCGAUAACAAUCGGCGGGAGCUUCUUUUUGUAUGCCGGAGUUGCGGCGGUGGCAUGGGUUUUCUUUUUCACUUUGUUGCCGGAGACGAGAGGGAGAACUCUUGAGGAUACAGAGGAGUUGUUUGGGGGGAAGAAGAACAGUUUGAAUAUGGAGGGAAAAGAGGGAAAUGAAGUUGAGUUGGUUAAGAAUGAGAAUAAGUGAGUUUUCAAGGGGGUUUUUGGAAAUAAAGUUUAAUGUUGGGUUAGAGUGGAAAAACAAUGGUGUAAUAGUUGUCUAAUUAUGAGGUAAUUAUUAGGUUUAGUAUAUGUUGUUGUGACUUUGUGAUGAUGGUUAAUGUUGGGUUAGAGUGGAAAAACAAUGGUGUAAUAGUUGUCUAAUUAUGAGGUAAUUAUUAGGUUUAGUAUAUGUUGUUGUGACUUUGUGAUGAUGGUUAAUGACAUAGAUGUAAAAUAUAUAUAUAUAUAUAUUAAUGAGGAAUAAAAUUCAAAUGAGUUUUAUA